AUGGGUAUUCCAGGUGAAACUAGACUCAUCAAUGCCAUUGGCCCAGGAGAGCGUAUCUCUCUCGCCAAGUUGGCUGUAACGCAUCUGGAGCGGACAGCAAGACCGAUGCGCAUUGCUGUCGACAUUUCCAUUUGGCUGUUCCAGGUCCAAGCGGGCCGGGGUGGAAGGAAUCCAGAAUUGCGCACUCUAUUUUAUCGCCUGUUGAAAUUACUUGCAUUGCCUGUGCAUCCUCUUUUUGUUUACGACGGACCACAAAAGCCCUCAUUCAAAAGGGGCAAAACAAUAUCAGCACGUAGCUACGGGAGUGCACCAAUUAUCAGGCGAUCCAAGGAUCUCAUCGAGCGAUUCAAAUUCCCAUGGCACCAAGCGCCAGGCGAGGCAGAAGCCGAAUGCGCACGGCUGCAGCAGGCUGGCAUUGUAGAUGCUGUCAUGAGCAACGAUGUCGAUGCCUUGAUGUUCGGGUCAUCCAUGACGAUCAUGAAUUUUUCCAAAGAGAGUGGAAGCGGGACCUCAUCUGCAACUCAUGUCACCUGUUACGCGAUGGGACAAGACGGACACCCUUCAAACAUACCCCUUGACCGGCCAGGGAUGAUUCUGUUUGCUAUGCUUAGUGGAGGAGACUAUCUACCAUCCGGCGUUGAAGGAUGCGGUAGUAAGCUCGCCGCCCAAAUCGCCAAAGCUGGAUUUGGCGAAGAUCUCCUACAAAAGCUAGCAUCGCCCUCAGAAAGGAAGACACAUUUGGGUGAAUGGAGAGCACGACUCCAAUGUGAAUUGGAUGAGAACACGAGUGGCUACUUUGUGAGCAAGCGCCCGUCUGUCAAAAUUCCAGAGGCAUUCCCCGAUCAAAUAAUACUCGAGUACUACACUCAGCCGAAGGUUUCCAGUGAUGACGAAAUGGAAUUUCUGAGAAUUCGUCUAAGACAAGCUUGGGAUCAAGACAUUGAUCCCCUAGCCAUCCGUACGUUUGCUGCAGAUCACUUUGAGUGGAACUAUCGGACUGGGGCAAGAAAAGUGAUCAAGCUAUUGGCUGAACCCCUUGUCUCGUACAGACUACGCCUCCAGAGACCAGUUGCAGGUGUCUCUCCUGGCUUUUCGUUUGUGCCCGAUUGCCCACCUAGCAUGCAAAAGGUAUACAAAAACCGCUCGAGUUUCGGUACGGAUGCAACGCCAGAACUUCAGCUCGACAUGCUACCCGCAGAUGUUGUUGGAUUGGAUCUUCUUGCUGAGGAACCACCCCCACCACUUCCAACCCCGGAAAGUGUGGCAUCUCAAAACAGUGUGCACGAAGACGCGGAAGAUGACGACUUAGAAUUAGCUGCUGAAACGGCUCCUUUGACGCCAUCGAAGCCGCGGGUAACUAAACGAUUCGAUCCGUUUUCGUUAGAGAAGGUCUGGGUCUUUGAGACUGUCGCAAGACUUGGAGUUCCGAAUCUUGUGAAUAAGUGGGAGAAAGACCAAGCCGAGAAAGCCGAGAAAGCAAGGGAAGCUGCGGCCAAGAAGAAGACGAGCACUCGGCGCGCGGCUCCCAAGAAGAAGGGGCCAAUUGACGCCGGAAUGAAACGCGGGAGUAUCUUGAAAUAUGGAACUCUCACCAAAGAAAGAUCCGAGUUGUCAACGUCCAAGCAGGCACACUUGCUAGAGGCUACUACUUCGGGGACCUCAAGAAAGAAUCCACUUGCCAGGCCUGGUGUUGAGUCUGCUUCUUCCUCGCCAAUAUGUCUCGACCAAGAAGAUGAUCCCUUCUCGCCAAGUACGUACAGCCAGCAUGGUGCCUCCCCGACAAUGCGAUACGUCUCCCAGCAAGUGGAUGAUCUUCUUGAGAGCUUUAACUCGAUGUGCAAUUUAUCCACUUCUUCAAACACCAAACGCCACCAUAUCACAGAGCAAUCUCAGCUCAAAUCUAGGCGCGCGGCCGUGGGAAAUGGUGGAAUAGACAUCGAGGAAUUAGAGAUCCUAAGUGUGGAUAUCAAUGAUUCACCAACUCGGCCAAGAAGGCAUAAGGGGCUGAAAAUAAGCUACUCAAGCUCAGAAAUGUCGUUCAAUGAGCAUUCUGACAUGGAACUACUCGCUCUCCCUUCUCUGACCAAAAAGACUCGUGCCAAGCCAACUAAAGCCGUCAAGGCACAGUUUGAGGAAAGGGACAACGAAGUACAGAAGAUUGAAAAAGCGAUUGACUCCCUUUCUUUGUCACAGAAAUAUGACCACAGCCAUGACGAGACAACUCCCCCCAAGAGAUUGAGUCAGAGUUCGCCGAAAAAGGCAGUGCAAGCAAAAAAACCACGCACUCGUUCCUCGAAGACUGAGAUAGCUGAGCCAUCUACAUCUUCCAGAAAAUCGAAGUUCAACCCCUCUCAAACAUCAAGUUCAAUCGAUCCAACGCCCCAAAAAGAAUAUGCAUUUGAUGAGCACGCAGAGCCGUCGGGCAUCAAAACCUGCAAGAAUAAUGACAAGCAGCAAGUGAUCAAGUCUAUCAAGUCUACAAAACAAUACACAAAACAGACAGCAGCCUCGAAUCCUAAGUAUGAAACUAAAGGGCACCUGGAGAACAUCACAUUACACGACGGUUUCUGGUCGAUUGACCCAUCACCGCCUGCACAAGACUCACAUGGGGAUACGACCAGGACCAAUGACCAAAGCAUAGCGCGCAGACAUGCCCAAGGUGGCAAGAAAAAGCGAAUCUCGCGUGUCAGCAUUAUUGAUCUUGUUUAA